AUGGUGCAACAACAGGAUGUGGAGGAUGAAUUUGAUUUGGAAAAAAUUGAUACAGAGAUGCGUCUUGAAAAAAUUAGACAAUCAGCUUCGAAGCUAUCAUGGGAAGAGUUCACCGGUUGUUUGCAUAGAAACUUAAAGGAAAAGAAGUAUGUUUUGGACGCUGAUGGUAAAUUAGAUCUUCUGCAAGCUAUAUGUUAUAUGAAAAAGAACCUACCUGUUGAUGAGAACGCCGAUAUGCACGGUCGUUUAAAACAAUUAGCUGAUAGCUUAGGUUGCUCAUUUGAGUUCAAUAAGGGUAUUUAUAAAUUAAAAAGUGAUGAUAUUUUUGUAGAGUUAAAAAGUGAAAAUAAUAAGUUAGAAACAUGUAAAGUUGGAUAUUUUGGGCUUCGUCCUCAAGUAUGUGUAGAAGGAUGUACCUUUUUAAAUGAUGGAGACUAUAAUUCUUUCCGUGUCGCCGUCUUCUCAAUGCUAUCUCUUGUACCGAGCUUUGGCAAUAAUUUAGAGCUUAAAAGGAAUUGUUCAAAAGCUCUGGAGUCCUUGGAAGGUUUUCUUAAACUUAACUCAGGGGUUCCCUCCUUCGAAGCAGUUAACACUUUGCCUUACGGAUGCUUCCGCGCCAGAAAUGCUCUUCAUGCCGGUCGGAUUUACUAUUGUGCAGAACCGAGCUAUAUGAAAGCAGCUGACAGAAGUAAUUUCUACGAAGAAACUGAAUUUUUCAAUUUGCCUUACCUGGAAUUGAGCAUUGUUGCAAAUGAAAAAUCGACGCAAAUGCCAACUGGGCCUGUCCAUGAUCCUUGGACUCAUACCGUUUCGGCUCCCGCUUGCUUAUGCUUGAAGUUUUCCGUGCCAAUCAUAUUCAGCCAUGGAACUUGGCAGAAGUUAGAGAAGUAUUUAGCGAAACCUUCAAUAGCUAAGCAGCAUGUGAAUAUAUACCGGCACACAAGUAGAUUUGAUUUCAAGGAUGAGAAUCUGGUUUUGAAAUCUUGUUUCCCAGAGCAAAUAGUUCAACACCAGUAUAUUAUAAGUUCCGAACUAUUGAAAGAGGAAUCGGAUCUUGUUAUCAGUGAGCUGUUCGUACAGGAUUCUAAAAAUCUGGAUAAAGUAAUAGCCCUCAUAAGAUCUCAGCAAAUGCAUAACAGUCUUUGGGAAUCUUUCCUCUCUAUGUGCAUUGGGAAAUGGCAAGGCGGAGAAAUUGUGCGAAUGAAAGUAAUUCCAGCACCAACCAGAAUCGAAGUUCAGUAUAUGGGGAAUAAUGGAAUGAUAUUAGCCCGUUUCGAACAGAACAAGGAGUUCAAAUGGUCCGCUAAAGUAUUUGAAAACAAUGAUUUCCAAUCGGCCGCACCUCAAGUUGAUGAUCGAGUUACAGAGAUGCUUUUGAAAUCCCAUUCGGUUCCAUGCGCUAUGACUCGGGUUGUAUCUUCUUUUCCUUCUCGAUCAACAUACGAUCCGGCUGUAGCCACGUUUGAUGCGUCUGUUGUUAUUGAGAAAAUGGAUAAAGUUGGAGAUGCUUGGUUGCCUGUUAAGCGUAUACCACCACCAAAACCUAAGUUUGUGUAUGAUGUAGAAGAAGAUCCCAAUCCGGGCGCGUUGUUGGCUUCUUUCAAAGAGAUAGAAAUAGUGGAACAAGAACCGGCUAAACCGGAGGCUAUGUCACGAACAAUGCGUCUACAGUCAGAUACCUCUUACGCUAAAGCUAAUGAUGAUAUGGCAGCUAUAUUCCUAAUUGCUGGUGGUGUGGAGGAUGGAGACAUGAAAGCUUCGACACCAGGUGUGACGAACCGACACGAGUCGAGUCCUGCUCCGCGGUCUGCUGGAGGAAUCACUCAAAUAAGUCCAUUAGAAGCAGCUAGACAGAGAAUGACGCAUAGUGUGGGAGCAGCCACUGCUGUGGGCUUGGCCAAUAUUCCUGCUAAUGUCACGUCUGGUGAUGUGUUUGAGUUUCCUGAUGAUCGGUCAAUGGGUGUUCCUCAAUUUCCAUCGCCUUCCUCGCAGCAUACUAAUUUCUCAUAUCCUGCUAUCACAAGUCCAAUCACUUCUCACCCAGCUCGAGGAGGAUUGCAAGGAAAUGCUAAGCCUCGAAGAGCAAGAGGCCGAAAGGUUGGAAACUUUGGCGACCGAACACCCUCUACAGACAGUAUCAUCAAUAUUGGAACGGGUAACGCCGAUUUUCCUACACAGCCAACAAGAAGAGGACGAGGAAAAGCUCCCGGGGCUGGUCGUGGAACCCGAGGACGCGGAAGGAAAAAUUCAGCUCUGCCUGCUGCUACGCCUCCUGAAAUGGAUCAGCGUCAUAUGUUGCAAAGAUCCUACAGCGAGUACACUAGUGGAAUGGUUAACCAGCAAAUGUAUCCUUAUCAAAACCAUAUGGGUAUGGAUCCAAUGAUGAUGCAUAUGGAAAACAAGCCCCACAUGCCUUACAUGGAAGAGGAAUCCGAUGAUGAACACUGUGACCCUCCACCGCCGCCUAAAAAUCUGCCGAUGCACCCUUCUGCUCAAUACAUGCAUACGCAUAACCAGCAGCCAAUGCAUUCUCCGAACGCUCAAAUGUUCCAUCCCGGGCAAUCUCCUUUAAUGAUGUCAAAUUCUCCAGUUUUUCAAAAUUCAUCGAUGGCAGGCUCACCUGGUCCGGCUGGUUAUCCGGACUUCAAAGCUUCAAAGAUGAUGGGAAGACGAGAUACCACCGAUACUCCUCCAAUCCCGAGUCCGUUGUCAAUGAACUCCAUGCCCCCACAUUCCUUGUCUCAUACACCGACAGGCUUGAAUGCAACACCUCCAGCUCACAUGCCUAUUCCAUCGCCUCUAUCUAAUAGUCACAUGAAUCACUCUCAAAUGAUGCAUCCAGGCUCUGCACCGAAUUCCGCAGGAAUGCAAUCCAUGCCACCACAAUCUUACAUGCCCCCUUCUACUAAUCCCCAACAGUAUAUGAGCAACAAUCCUCAUAUGAAUAUGGGUCCAAUGCCUUCGCAUAUACCCACUCCCACUUCGAUGAUGCCUCAUCAGCCUCUCUCUCAAACUCCCCCCUCAUCUCUUUCCAUGUCUCAUGUUCACAAUCCCACUCCUCCAAGACUAUCUAAUGCUCAUACCCCAGUCCAGGCAUCCACGCCAACAUCGGUACCAACUCCGGUCUCGGCUCAAAACUUGCCUCCUGCAUCGGCACCUGUUUCCACCCCCACUACACCUACUCCUGUUUUGAAUCCGACCCCUGUACCAAUUCCAAACCCCAUACAAACCCCACCAAAAUCUAGAGUGCCGCUACCGAAUACGCACAAUCAAGUACCAUUGCCCCCUUCUGUUCAUGUUUCAACUUCCUUGUAUCCUGCGCCCACAUCUAACACCAUAACGUCUCAAACACAAGCUUCCACUAUACCCCCACCCCAAGUCAAUCCUCCUGUCGUCCCACCUAUCAGGUUAAAGAACAAUACUAGGGCUCUAGUCAGUGAUUUGUACGAUGAUGGUGGUGAUUCACCUCCGCCUCCCGAGGAAAGAAUUCCUGCUGCUUUGUUGGGAAGCAACACCUCAUCAAACUUGAACUCACAAUCGUUCCCGCAACAAACAAAAGAUAACGUUCAAGAUAAUAGUGUUGCUACUUCCCAAAUUAAAUCUGAGAGUAAAUUGAUCCUCAAGAUUCCGAAGUCUCAGAGGAACUCUACUAACGCAGAUUCUCAAAAAGCUUAUGCUCGAGAGCCAAAGACAGAUAGAGAGAACAUCAAACGACAGAAGGUCGCUCCGGUUCUGGCUUCACCAAAAGCUGUGGAUAAUAUUCAUCAGAUGUUCCAGUUUAGCAAAAUUAACAGCUUGAAAAACUUCAAAAUUCCAAAGAGGGAAGAUAAUAGAGCGAAUACAAAAGCAGCGAAGGAUGCUCCUACUGCAACAUCUUCUUCGGCUCCUACUCCUGCCGUACCCCACAGUAACACUAACCCAUCUUCUGCUGCUCCUGUACAUCCUCCACCCGCCAAAUCUGUGCUUAAAAAGCCUCACCUUAAUCCCCCAGUCAUGAAUAGGUUAUCAAUGGUUGGAACUUCUCCAACACAACGUAAGCCGUCCAUGCCAAUGAUGGAUCAUAAUCGAAGACCUCCUCUGAUUCCUGGACCUCCUUCCGCUAUUCCAUUACCAAAAGGGCCACCUCCUUCUCGUCCAUUACCUGGCCAAUGGGUACGACCACCUUCUAGCAGUAUGGCAAACAGCGCGCCACCCCCCUCCUCCUCACAAACAUCUUCGCAGUCAUCAUCGUUAUAUUCGAACUUGCCGCCUCCGCCCAGAUCGCCGUCACCGGAACAACCAAAGAUGCAAAUUGAAGAUCCGAACAGUCCAGAGGACUCUUUGAGGAUAGCAGAUGAUUGA